GGGCAGCUGCUGCCCAACUGGGCAGGUGGCUCAGCCCCACAAGCCAGGCUUUCCCGGAAGGGGCGGCCAGAUCCUGCCUCCUGCCGAGCCACCCUUGGGGACAGGGGCACAGGGGCUCCGCUUGCCACCAGCCCCCACACGGACAUUGCUGAUUGGAACCAUGGCGUCACAGCUGGAAGGAGCCAUGGAGACGCUCAUCAACGUCUUCCACCAUUAUUCGGGCAAAGAGGGGGACAAGUACAAACUGAGCAAGAAGGAGCUGAAGGAGCUGCUGCAGAGUGAGCUGGGAUGCUUCCUGGAGACCCAGAAGGACUCGGGAGCCGUGGAGAAGAUCAUGCAGGACCUGGAUGAGAACGGUGAUGGGGAGGUGGACUUCCAGGAGUACGUGGUCCUGGUGGCCGCCCUCACCGUCGCCUGCAACACCUUCUUCUGGGAGAACGCCUGACCCAGGCCGCUCCCCGCCCCACAGCAGCCACCCACAGCACCCCCAAAAUGCAGAUCCCCCUCACCAUAUCCCCAGCUCCCCCUCUGCUCCCCAGCACACCCAGGGGAUCCCACCGGGAUCCAGCUCCACAAUAAAGGCACCGACCC